UCCCAACCGGUCGCCAGCACUCUGUGCUGAACAGCCAUGUAAGAGGUCGGGGAAGCGAGAGCGAGAUCCCCGAGCGGCGUUACUUUUGGCGUGAAGAUGGUGAAUCCUCCCCUUGUGUCUCAGACACUGGCAAGUGUACGGAAGAUCAGCGAGCGAAACGGCGAGGAGGAUGGGCGGUGUGGGCCGCCGUUUGCCACCUCUCUGAAUAAUGUCAUCGAGGGUCGGUGCUCCCCAGGAGUCCAAUGAGAUCUCCCCACAGCCCUCGGUCAGGGAAGCGAUCCGAAACCGCAUGAAAAUGGUCAUCGAUCAGUUGGAAGUUAUCCUUGCGGAGCUGAAAGCGGUGGCAAAGGAGCUGAAGGAGGUAGUGAAACAGAUUGACAAGCUGACAUCUGAUUUUGAUUUUGAGUUGGAGCCAGAUGACUGGACAAUUGCCACAGUAAGCAGCACCUCCAGCAGUGACACGACCAGGAACCAUGAGCGAUGUGGGGCUUUUUCGGACUAUGCGCAGCUGGGCUUCCUCACACCAGACAUCCUUUCGGACAGCUGGGAGUUUUGCUCUUUUCUGGAGCCGCCACCGGAGGCACCCAAGGGUGACCCAGGAGGGGAUGACAAGGAACUGCCGGCCACCCCGUCAGAACCUGACUACAGGUUGAUGAAUGGAGGGUUAAUCCCGAACGGUCCAGCAGGUUGUGGUCCUGACUCAUCCAGCGAGGAGACUAUCAGUGGUGCCCCCUGUCACAAGUCGCUCUCGAGGAGCUCCGGCACCAGGGAGAGGGUGCGCUUCAGCGACAAGGUCCUCUAUCACGCCCUCUGCUGCGAUGACGAGGAGGAGGAGGAACAGCAAAAGGACACAGCCACCUCGAGCACUGCCACCACCACCACGGGUGAAGGUGUUGACAGGGGGUGCAGAGAGACCCUCAAAACGCCGUCCUCCGUCCCCAACCCGCGCCAGCACAGCCACCCGCCCCCAGUAACAGCCAAAAGCAAUCCCUCGACUCGGAAAAAAGUCAUGAGGAAUAACAGCACACAGACGGUGUCCCACAAAAGCACUCAGACGCUCCUGUCAUAUGGGCCCUCUAAACCGCAACCGGACUCAAAGAAAGGAGAUACAAAGUAGCUACCGCCCAACCCCUCCCCUUUACCCCACUCCGGAAAAGAAACUGCUUGACUACCUAGUGGCAUCACGAGGCUCAGGGAUUUUCGAUAAAAUAAAAAUGUUUUACAAAAAAAAGGUAGAUUCCAAGAUUUUGCACCAUUGACUCAUUGCAUAAAGAAAAUGCACUUUAAGGAUCUACUUUUUUAAGCUUUAUUUUACUUGAUACCUUCAAGAUUUAGGAGGCUUUUAUUUUUGUCU